AUCAUGGGAACAAUGGAGAAAAUAAGAUAUCGGUUUAUUACCGUUUUCAUUAUAACAUUAGCGGUGUUGCUGAACACAUGCCAGUCUCAACAAAAUACUCUCUUCAAUCAAUCACCAUUUCAACGACAGACACCGAAUUUCCAACGUCAGCAAUUACGACAACGUCAACAAUUACAGCUGCAGCAACCGCAACAGCAGUCGGCGUUCCCUGUAAAUCCCCUAGCGCCGGGUAUUAACCCUCUACAACCCAUAUCGCCACUGUUACCACAGAGUAUUUAUCGUAAUUACAAUCAAAACUUUGUGCCAAUAACGGCAUAUCAAAACGAACUAAACUAUGAUGGAAGUUUUCAAUACGGCUAUGCAGCUGGUGACGGAACAACUGCACAAGCACAGGGUUAUGUGAAGAAUUUGGGCCUAGGUGAAGCUGUAGAAGCUCAGGUUGUACAAGGCUCGUAUUCCUACACAUCACCCGAGGGAACACCGAUAACAGUGCGUUAUAUUGCCGAUGAAAAUGGAUUCCGUGCCGAAGGUGCCCACAUACCAACACCACCACCCAUACCAGAUGCCAUUGCCAAGUCGUUGCAGUUCAUUGCCAACACUCAACCCUAUCAAGACGGUAUAAGUCCAAACCUCAAUCCUUAUCAAACACCUUAUCGUCAAUAUUCCAACCUAUUGAGACCGGGGCAGACACAGCUAACCCCUCUGCAAUUGCAACAGCAGCAACGUUUUCUGCAACAACAACAGAAUUCCGGACAAUAUCAACCAGACUCACAAUUUGGUUAUCCUCAGACAUCGCUUCAGCAGGGUGCUAAUCAAUUUCAUUCAACACCCCAGGCGGGUUCGCAAGGGAACUUUUUGCAACAACAAAAUCUGCAGCAGCAACAACAACAGCAACAAUUAAAUAAACAACAGCAACAGGGUGAUCCACAGCAACAACAACAGCAGCAGCAACAACAAUUGACCACACAGGAAUUAAGAGCUCGACCCAAUCAAUUGGUAAAUCCUUUCGGUUACAACAACCCAUAUCGGCGAUUUAAGAAAUCCACUGCGAAAACAUCAACGAAAAAUGAUUAA